AUGGCGCCAGCUGACAUUGAUGAAGUUCCCGUUCAGGAACGCAGAAAUAACGUCGAGGAACAGAGCGAGGGGAUUAGACUGCAGACGCAGAGAUCAGCUCCACACAGCGGCCGCUCUAGGGGUUCUUUCGUGUCACGAAGAACGUCGGCGUUGACCUCGAAGUUGAGGAGGAACCGGAAGGCCAUUGUUAUGGGAGUAGUUGGCGUGGCCGCAGUCUUGGCUGCGCUGUAUGUAGCCAGGCGAUGGUGGACGCAGAAACCAAGAGAACCAGGAGAUUCCCCCCCCCCUGAAGAACCAGGAGAUUCCCCACCGCGCGCUGGAAAACCGAAAGCUCCUUCCCAACCCCCUACGGAGCGUCGAGAUGUUCCCACCGGGGUCCGCCAGGUGGGGGCUCGUGACCUUCCAGCACCGCCGGCCUCUCACACAGCGCUACUGGCGUGCUUGGAGAACAGGCAAAUAGAAUUUUUUGGACCGUCGAAUUCCCCCCACGGCUUCACACCACUCUACGAUCCGGAGCCACAGAAGCGCGUUGCAAUGGUGGACGCGGGGACGAACGCGCUGUUCAUUGGCGGGGCGGGAGUAAACGGGGAGGUGGCGAGGCUGCUCACCGAGGAGGCAAGAAGGCACGAGGUCCGGCUGACCCCUGAACAGCUCUCUGAGCACAGUAAACGAGUCCAGGAAGAUUUGCUUCGACUCGCCGUACAACAUCCGAGAACUUUGAUAGAGCUAGACACUGGCGCCCGUUCCCCGGUUUUCGCCAGGUCUUACGGCUUCGUCAGCGUUGUCCCAGGAACCGGAUGGGACGAGUCCCAAACGGGGAGGAACGUCGGUGCGACGUUCAUCCACAUUCUGAAGGAUGAAGUCACUCCGUACGGCGAUCCGAAGAACAACGCCAUGGUGUACACCGUUGCACCCUCAGGCAACGCGCCUGACGCCUCGUAUUCUCAGGCGUUUGUUUGUCGUGUUGUUCUGUGGAACCACUCACGGCAGGCAUCACUCUUCGAACUGCGUGCGAGAGAAAGUACCCCGUGCAGGAUUGAAAGAAAGGGGGGGGAAGUCAGAAUCGGACGACGUGUCGUUCUCUGGCGUCGGGGUGCCUGGCGAUUUCUUUUGGGUCCCCUGCGUGUGUGCCAGUAUACCUAG